AUGACCACACUGCUGCUUCAUCCAAGUGAGAGUGACUAUGAAUAUGCCAACCACCCCCAGUCCACACAGCACCAGAAGAACGACCGGUGUCCGCCGCCGCCCCAGAUGCUGCCGGAGAGGGCCUGCGAGGUUCCCGGCUGCCGCUCGGACUCCGAGUGUGAGCGCCAUAAACGCUGCUGCUACAACGGCUGCAUCUACGCCUGCCUGGAGUCGGUUCAGCCUCCUCCAGUGCUGGACUGGCUGGUGCAGCCGAAGCCUCGGUGGCUCGGGGGGAACGGCUGGCUGCUGGACGGUCCCGAGGAGGUUCUGCAAGCCGAGGCCUGCAGCACCACCGAGGAUGGAGACGAGCCUCUUCACUGCCCCACUGGCUACGAAUGUCACAUCAUCAACCCGGGAAACCCGGCUGCUGGCAUCCCCAACCGGGGACAGUGCAUCAAACAGCGCGGUAACUCUGAUGGACGAGGCUUGAGGCACAAAUACUAUAAUAAGGACUACAAGGACUACUUAGGUACCGGUUCAAACAAUGCAGUCGGAUAUGAAAAGCAUCACCACAAGCACCUGGGAUAAAGUAGAUCAACCUGAUCAGCUUCACCCUCGACCUCGACCCAACGCCUGACAUCAACACGGCCCUGUUUGAUCUGCUCACUCCUGAAUCCAGGUCCUCCUGACUCCCGCACCCACGGCCACAGCUGCUACCUCUCUACUCUCGCUGCAGUCGCAUCAUCAUGCAAACUCUGUCAGGGAGGCGGGAGACGCCCCCAAAGCACACAGCCAAAGAAAUAUGAGGGUGGUUCGGGUUUUUUUAGCCUCUCUGUUUGAUGAU